AUGGCAACUCCUAUUGUUCGAGAAGGUGAAGGAUCUUCUUCGCAACCUAAGAAGAAACAAAAGAAAGCUGCUCAAACAUUGUUAAUAGAUGAACCUGAAGAAGAUAAUCCUGUGGUUUCUGUUGAGAAAGAACAAGUUGUAACUGCUGAAGACGAUCCAUUUAAUGUUGAUCAAUUGUUUGAUACAGAUGUUUUGGAAACAGGGCCAGAAAUUGUUGCUGAUGUUAACAAAGUGGUAAAUAUUGAAAGUCAGAAAGAGAAAGAGAAGAUUGUUGAAGAUGUUGAGGGAGAUGAUGUGAACAAAGAUACUACAAGUUCAUCAAGUUCUUCAGAUGAUGGUAUUGACGAGAUUGAAAGUCGAAAAAGAAUUCAAGAGGAGAUAGAAAAAGAGAAGCUGUUAAGAAAGAGAAAGAGACAGGAAAAGGACGAUGAUGAUGUUUAUGUGCCUUCUCCAGAACAUGUCUCAGGAUCACAAUCUCCUCCUGGUGGGAGAAAGAAAGCUGGAGCUCGUAAGAAAGUUGUUUCUCCAAAGUUACGCAAAGAUAAUCUUUUAGAUGUUGGAGAUUUUGAUUUUGCCAACACUUCACAAGUCAGAAAUGUUGAAAAGAAAGUUGAAGAAGUUGUUGCUGAAAACAAGAGGCUAGUAGCUGAAAACAAGAAAGUGUCUGACCGUGAAAAGAAUCUAGAGAUGAGAGUAAAGCAGCUGGAGAUGGAAAACAAAGAGUUGGUGAAAAGGAUUGACUCUGAUCAAUCAGAAAUAGACAUUUUGAAGGUUAGAAUUGCUGAACUUGAAGAAGAGAAGACAAGACGUGAUGAACAGAAUGAAUACUUCAAGUUAAAAAACAAAGAGUUUGAAGCAGCUAAGGCAUUAAGAGAUCACGAGUUCUAUAUGCUGAACAAAGUUGUCCAAAGCAUGCUUGGAUCAUCGGUAGAACAAAAGUUUGAAAAGUUGCAAGUUGAAGAGCUUAGAGCUGAACGUCAAGCAGAGAUUGAAAGACAAAUGAAAGAUAAAGGUAAGGGAGUUGAAGGAAGUUCAGUUGUGACUGAAAGAUUGAUUGUUCCUUCUAUGGUGGUUGAUAAUCCCGAGCCUGUUUCUGUUAUUUCUGGUCUAUUUGAAGAUGAUACUCCUAUGAAUGAGUUGAUUGGAGAUAGUGAUGAAGAUGAUGAAGAGGAGGAUGAAGAGGAAGAUGAAUAA